AUGGAGCUCGAUGAUUCAACGUCGCCUUCCGAAGGCGAAGAGGACGGCAGCAUAGACGUGCCUCAGCCAUCUAGUAAACUCGGUCGCUGUGAACCUUGCCGUGCUGGGUAUACGAAAUGCGAUGGCCAAACACCCGUUUGUGGCCCUUGUGCCAGGAAAAACACCAGGUGCAUCUUUUCCGUGACACCAACUGCGAGGGCUUCUCUUUCCGGCUACACCUCCAGAUCAUGUCUAAUGUGUAGGAUCAAGAAAAAGGCAUGUGGCCGUGAGCUACCAUCAUGCGCUUCGUGUAUUCAACGGAAUGUCAUUUGUCAAUACGACUAUGCCCCAAUAUCCCGCGUACAAAUGCGAAAACCAGGUCAAUUGGCUAAUCUCAACCCCUCAGGACGCCCUGCUAAAUCUCCAAGGCUAUCCAUGCCAGCACGUCCUGCGGAUAGAAAGCGUCCAUUAACGCAAAUGGAUGAUAGAAGACAGCCCAACAAAGGCUCAAGUGUCAUUUCAGAUGACAUAUCUGACAGUGAAACGGAUGUCCGGUCCACUGCGAAGUCCGCAUCUGUUACAAGUACAGACCUCCUGCAACUUUUUCAGCGUUCUCCUAAGAAGGACAUGGAGCCGCGAAGUAAUUCCAUUGAGGUUAUGGAGAACGGUACUCCGGGAACCAUGGAUAGCGAUAUGCAAGACACAUCUACAUGGCUGGCGGAACUCAAAGAAGCGAUUCUACAUAGGACGGACAUGUCAAAACCAGGCUAUGGCACACAAGCAAAACGAGAGCUUGCUAGAUUGUCACAGACACAGAAAGACAACCCCGGGAUUAUGGAUAUAACGCCAGAUAAAGGAGAUCUCACAAUGCCUCCUCGAAAAGUCGCAGAUCGGUUGCUUGCCGUUUACCUUACUCGUGAAUAUGUUAAUCUGCCGAUAUUUCACCUACCCGUUUUUCGCGCCCAGUAUACCAAAAUAUAUACAAGUGAGAAAGCUCGAGAUGAUAAGGCCAUUCAUCAUGCCCUAUUAAACGUUACAUUUGCGUUAGGUAGUAUUGCCACGGAUCCCAAUAACCACUUUGAUGCCUCGAUGUAUUUUAUCAGAGCACAGCGCCUUCUUCGACUAGGUUCUCUAGGAACAGAUAGUUUGGCAACUAUACAAGCACAUAUUCUUGUUAGCCAAUACUUAAUUGCGAUUAACAACUUUCGCGCCGCAUGGAAGUCCAUUGGACUUGCAAUCCGUAUUGCCGAGACACUCCGGCUUCACCUCGCUGCCGGAAGCCAGCAUUAUGAGGAUAGGGUUGACAGAGAGCUUGCGAGAAGGCUCUGGCACAGUUGUAUACUUCUUGAAAGGACGAUAGCUCUAAGCUUGGGUUCAACAACAAUUGUAACCCCACGAUCAUUCCAAGCGCCACUCCCAACCCCUCUUGAAAAUGAAUACGUCGAUGUCAUUUUCGGAGGAACGCCAGCGGAAUCCUCUGAACGGCCAUCAAUUAUUGAAUUUUUCACUGCUUCUACUCGUCUGAUGGAGAGAUAUGAAGACAUUGUUGCCGUGCAAGAGGCAUUUCGCCCUAUCAUUUCCCAUCCCCAUAAGCUUAUGGACACAUGUGAAUUCACGAACCUCCUAACCGCAGAUCGGAGGCUGUGCAACUGGAUGACUGCUCUUCCUCCCUUCUUGUUACCAGGAAGUACUCACUCCUCAUUAGAAAACCCGGUUGCAAAGCGACAACAUAACAUUCUCCGCAUAAGGUAUCUCACCAUCCGGCUCCUCUUGUGGCGGCCCCUCCUGGCGCUUGUCGCUGCAUCUCCGGAUCUAAUCCACAGCACAGCCAGCUCCGAUAACCCAGACAAAGCUAGCGAAGUUAUUGACACACCUAUAAUACACACAAUAAUUUCCAGUGGUGCCUGCAAAUGUAUACUAUCCGCCCAAGAAAUAAUAAACUUCUUAACCGAAAGUCGAUUACCUAACGGGAAAAUCGAUCAUCAGGCACCACUUCCUGUGUGGUGGGAAAAUGUUACAUCAGUCUUCACCUGUGCGCUCAUUUUCCUUGCUGCUCGCCUCUGCCCCGUUGAACUUCAUAAGCAGUUACCUGGAGGCAGUGACUCCAUCGAAGUGGGCUGGAAAAGAUGCAUUGAGCUAUUCAAUGAAUAUCGAACAUUCAAUUCCAAGGCUGGAACAUAUCUAAUUGCUAUAGAGUCUCUUGCUACAAGUGUAGCUGAGAUAGCUAGCACCGAUGUAUCCCGUGCCAAUGACAAGGAAUCAGACUCUCCGCGGAUUAAUGACGUUACAUGGCUAGAAACGCUGCCAGAUGAUCUGCCUUGUUUAGUGUGA